AUGAACCAGCUGGUACUUCUUGACAAAUGGAGCACAAUUUUCAUGUUUACAGAAAGUUUCGCGUGCUUACUAGGAAUUGUCUUGAAUGGAAUCGUGAUCUUUACUUUUGGUAAAAAUACCAAUCGUAAAAUUUCAGCCCCAAGUUAUUUCAUUUUAAGUAUGGCGGUGUGUGAUUUCCUCUCAUGUGCGUUGGCUGUACCCCUUGCAAUCGCGCGGCACUUCCAGGGAGACUGGCCACUCGGUAAAACUGGCUGCAAGGUCCAUGCCUUCAUGAUUUUUCUUCUCGCUCUCGUCUCAAUCACUCACUUGGCGAUAAUUUCAUUGGGAAAGUACUUAACAAUCACCAAGUCUCUUUCAAAGGAUUCAUAUUUCAACAAGAGAAACGUAUUAUUGCUAAUUGUGGGUUGGUGGAUUUACUCUCUUAUGUUCAGUGUGCCACCCUUGUUAGGAUGGUCCUCAUAUGGUUUAGAGGGGAUCAAUGUGACAUGUUCAGUUCAGUGGGAGUCAUCUGCUUUUAGUGAUCGGGCAUAUUUUGGAGUUGUUAUCGUAUCCUGCUUCUUUCUGCCCUUAUUCGUGAUCGUAUCAUGCUACUACAAGAUCCAUCGAGUAUCUAGACUAAUUGUUGUAAACACCUCACGAAGGGGGGGAAUAACAAUAACUGCUUCUCGAGCUCUCAUGAAAAGACAUCGCAAAUCUGCCAUGUACUUUCUUGCCAUCGUAGCCGCAUUUUUGAUCCCAUGGUUGCCUUACGCCACGGUUGCAUUUCUUUUGGCUAUUGGUCAAAAAAUUAACCCCAUAGCUACGAGUGCCUGUAGCGUGUUUGCCAAAAUAUCGUUCUUCCUUAAUCCAAUGCUUUACGGAAUUUUGCACAGUAAAUUCCGCCGACGUUUUAUUCAUCUGGUUCCUCUGAUUAGGAGGAAUCGGAGUGUUAAACCAUGGUCAGUGGUAUUAACCCCGGUAUCGCAGACCUUGGCUCUCUAA